GGGCUCGUCGGACGGGGUUACCACGGAGUGGAGGGUGAUAGAAUAAGCCCGAAUGGGUAGAGAUUGUUGGCAUGGCAGGGGAAGAGACUUGCGUAUAUAGGUGUGGAGGGCCCCUUUCUGUGAAACUUGCCUGCUCCCAGACGACUGCCCAGAUCGAGUAUCGAAUAAUCGAGUUCGCCUUAACUCGACACCAAAAGGGACAAUGGCAUCCUCACCCAACUCUUCAUCUUCGACGAUAGCACCACCGGUAGAGGGUCGUGACCUCGAGUCACAACAGACGAGCACUAAUGUCCCGCACUACAAGCUGGUCUUCGACCCCGCCGGCGUCGACUCCCGCGUUCUGAACCAUACCUACCGGGGCGAGGGCACCGCUGACUCGCCCUACAUCGUCGACUUCCUCCCAGAAGACGCACACAACCCUAUGCGCUACCCCAAAUGGAAGAAAUGGUCCAUCGCCAUCCUCCAAGCGAUAGCUACCCUGGCUGUGGCCUUUGUCAGCACGGCGUACUCGGGCGGCAUCGGGGAAGUCCUGGUCUACUUCAAGAUCUCCCAGGAGGUCGCCAUCCUCGGCAUCUCGCUCUUCGUGGUUGGUUUCGCCAUCGGGCCGCUGUUAUGGGCUCCUCUAAGUGAGUUCUACGGCCGGCAAAUACUCUUCAUCGGCACCUACAUGGCCCUCACGGCGUUCAACGCCGGGGCGGCCGGGGCGCAGAACAUCGAGACGCUGGUGAUCCUCCGCUUCUUCGCCGGUGCGUUCGGCGCCUCGCCGCUGACCAACGCCGGCGGCGUCAUCGCCGACAUGUUCCCGGCCGACGAGCGCGGCCUCGCCAUGGCCGUCUUCGCCGCCGCGCCCAUGCUGGGGCCCUGCAUCGGCCCCAUCGCCGGCGGGUUCCUGGGCGAGAGCAAGGGCUGGCGCUGGGUCGAGGGCCUGAUGGCCAUCUUCACGGGCGUCAUCUGGAUCGUCGCGUCCCUGCUGACGCCCGAGACGUACGCCCCGGUCCUUCUUCGGAAGCGCGCCAACAAGAUGUCCAAGGUCACCGGGAAGGUGUACGUCUCCAAGCUCGACAUGCACAACAAGAAGUCGAUGGCGACGCAGUUCAAGAUGGCGCUGUCGAGGCCGUGGGUCCUGCUGUUCCGCGAGCCCAUCGUCUUCCUCACCUCCAUUUACAUGGCCAUCGUGUACGGCACGCUGUAUCUCAUGUUCGCGGCCUUCCCAAUCGUGUUCCAGCAGGGCCGCGGUUGGAGCCCUGGCAUCGGCGGCCUGGCCUUCGUCGGGGUUGCUGUCGGAAUGAUUGUUGGAGUUUCGUAUGCUGCGUAUGACAAUACCCGGUAUCAAAAAGAGGCCGCGAAGCACAGCGGCAACGCUCCCCCCGAAGCCCGACUCCCGCCCGCUAUCGUCGGUUCGGUGUUGCUACCUGUCGGCCUCUUCUGGUUCGCCUGGACAAACGGGCCCAGCGUCCACUGGGUGGUCCCCAUCAUCGCGUCGGGCUUCUUCGCGGCCGGCCUCGUGCUGGUCUUCCUGUCGCUGAUGAACUACCUGAUCGACAGCUACGUCAUCUACGCUGCGUCGGUGCUGGCGGCCAACGCGGUGAUCCGGUCACUCUUCGGCGCCGUCUUCCCGCUCUUCACAACCUACAUGUACAACGACCUGGGCAUCCACUGGGCCAGCUCCAUCCCGGCCUUCCUCUCGCUCGCCUGCAUGCCCUUCCCCUACCUCUUCUGGCGCUACGGCGCCGCCAUCCGCGCCAGGUGCAAGUUCGCCGCCGAGGCGGCCGCCGUGCUGGAGAGGAUGCGCAGCCGCGCCCCGGAGCCCGAGAAGCGCCGCGGCGACGCGGAUGGCCCGGUGCCCCCCGUCGCGGGCGAUGAUGAUGAGGAGCUCACCGACGUAGGUGACGUGUCGGGGAAUGGGAAUGUGGCCGAGAAGGAUGGCAAGAUUGAGGGUGAGAGGUCAUGAAUAUGCAAAAAGGAGGCAAACUAAUGUGCGUCACUCGACGCGUCGAGCGGUGCAUUGGGACAAUGAUUCCCACUCCUUUUGAUCUGAAUGCAUUGGGCGGAAGCGGGCGUUGGGGCUGAUGCAUUUUGGCUUUGUAGAGAGAUGGCUUCGGUGAUAUCCAUAUAGAGACUAUAUCUAGAGUAGAUUUUAAUUGAGGAACUCCAAUCUGAGCAUGUUGCCGCAAUUUGGUGGUUUGAGAAAUA